GUGUAGCCCUGGUUGAAUCAGCUGUCAGAGUGCGCAAAUCAGAAAAACACAGUACGAGUCUAAGAAAAUAAAUAAAAUUGAAUAAAAAUAUAUUCUGUUAUGGCGCCGCCCCUCAAAGUAGUAGUGGACCAGGGUAGCGCCACCGCCCGCUCUAGCGGCAAUAGCAAUAACAAUUCUGUCAGUGGUGCAACCGGCGCAGUGCCCAAACAGCAGCAACAACAGCGUCCCCUUCAGAAUGGGGGAACCUCUGCAGCCGGAACCGCAGCGACCACUCCUAAUACCGGCCGGUCUGCCCGAGUCCGUCGACAGCAAGAACACUUGGGCGAGCCGGACCUGGAAUUCGUGGAGCCCCUUCAGCGAGAGACGCUGAAAACACUGAACGAGCUGCUGCAGCGAUCCCGCAUUUCGAACGGAAAAAUCCUUCCUGUAGAGGACCAGCAGCAACCCACAUCCUCCAGAGACCCUGGGAUUCUAACUCAAGAGCAGCAGAAACCACGACGCGAAUCGGGGGAGCAGAGCAGCUACGAUUCAGUUGAGCAACAGCACCAACGCUACCGAUUCCCCGUGCGUCCUGUGCAGCGCGUCCAGCAUCAGCCCUCGUCCUCGUCCCCGGCAGUCACUUCUACUUCUCUGUUGCGGCUACGUCAGUCGACUCCCCCGAAUGCCGCAGUGGGCGUAGUUAUUCCAAACGCGACCACCAGCAACGGAAACUGCAACAGCGGCGACGAGAAUUCCAUUCCCCUGAGCGCCAGUCUGCAGACACUUGUGCAUCGCUUUCUUAGCCUUCCCCACAUAGGACAAAGGAUUGAAGGCGGCCGCUCUCAAGUAGAGGUUCUGCGUUGCCUGCUGGAACUAGACGAAAACUUGAACAGCCACGGUCACCAGUCGGCAGAAAACCUAGUCGAGCAACUUAACAACAUGGUUCACGAAAUCAACCCAAGCGCGGAGCAAGAGGAGGGCAUAGUCAACUCUACAAGCCUGGAGGAUGUUGCGUUAAGCGAGAUGAGCGACAACCGUGCCCAGUCUAUUCAAUCUUUGCACAGUGUCGCGGAAACUCCUACGCCGGACACUGCGCCCACCUUUGACGAGCUGCAGCAGCGGCUGGAAGCCUCCAACCGCAAUAUGCAGCACCUGCAAGAUGAGCAGGCCAAAUUACUGCACAUCCAAAACCUGGCCAAGUCGCAUCUUAGCGAUAUGGAACAGUUGCGGCAGCAGGCCAGUCAUUUGCCCCAUAAUAGGGGAGGAGGAGAUGCCCCGAACUACGAGUCGGUUCAACAGGUGCAAGAUGAUAUGGCCUCCUUGGUUGGACGCAUGAAGAAUCUGACGGCCUUCAUCCACAACCAGAACGAGCUAAGCAGCGUGUUGGGAGACGAUGGACCCGAAAUCUUGGCAGAGCAACAGGCUCUACAGCAAAAGUUGGAAUCGCUUCGAAGUCAACGCGAGGACAUGCGUAACCUGGUCGACGAGCUAAACAGCAUCAACCGCGUGGCCAGAGAGACUCGGUCCAACAUCAACGCAGGGUCUGCCACUCCUCCUCAAAAACCAGCUAUUGAACAGGCCCAGGCCCCGGAGCCGAGCUCUGCUCCAGCGCCGGCUAAGGAGCGAGUGGUGCCAGUGGAAUACCAACGCAAAGUACCCAUCCUGCGGCAAGAGGCCGCCAACGCAGCCCAACGGGCUCUUCAAGCUCAAGCCAUGAUUAACCAGAAGACGGCGGACAUUGAUGCAUUGAAAGCCCAAAUGGCAAAGUUGAAGAGUAUGCUGAACACAGUCACCCAAAUCGACGAAGGUACUCCCAGCGUGGGUUCCUCAUUGGAGCGGCGUAGUGAGGAGCGGGACAGCGUGGAGCGAGCAUUGCCGGCAGAGAUAGCCCAGCGCGUUUUUGCGCUCAACGAUGUUACCUCGGAGCUGCGUGCUGAAGCAGUCAGCCUGCAAAAGGAGCGCGAUCGGAUUCUGGCUCUCAAAGCAGAAAUCGAACGCCGCAAGCAGCAAGCGGCCGCCGCAGUUCUUAUGGGCGAGGAGGCCCUUAAGCGAAACAGUCUCACCCCGACCCCAACCCCAGCGAGACAACGAGUAGUGGAGGAGAACGAAGAAAACGAGGAUCCCUCCGAGGUAGACACCUCUCAGCAGGCCACACCCACCAAGGAGCAACUGCGCGACGAGCUGAGGCUCCAGUGUGAGCGUUUGCGAAAAGAGUAUGAGCAGAAGCAGCGAGAGCUGGAGCAGCGCUACGUCGCCAGCAACCAAACCACUUCAGAGGCAGACGAUGAAGCCAACGACGAUACCGACAGCGACCGGUACUUUGCCCACGUCCGCACCUCCUCUUCGGCGACGCUGAAACGGGCACCAUCCGCUAGUACGGUGGUCGAACAGCGGCGCGGGCAGCUGGCUUCUCAUCCGCCGCCACCGCCACCCCAGGCACCACCCUCGGCCCACACCGAGGACGAACUGAACGCCACGAUUGACACUUUGUCGCUGGGAAACGACAGUCUGCCCUCGAGCAGCAACAGGUCGCAAUACAUGCCACCGCCCAUGCAGCCGGUGAAGGGAAUUUGGGGCUCGCAGAACUCCGGUAAUGGCUGGCAUAACCAGCAACCUAGCUACGGGCAAGCCACCUCCAGCUCUGGAGCAGAGUUCAAACCUGCGACGGCCGCCCCGCAGGCCAACUCGUCCAACGCGUCGGGAUCAAACGGAUCCCCCGAUCCCGUCAUGCUGCAGCAGUUCAUGCAAACCCAACAGAUGCUGAUCAACUCAGUGUGCCAGUGCAACCAAACCUUGUGGCACCAGCAGCGGGAAAUCGAUGCUCUUAACAGUCAAGUGCACGCGCUCCAGGAUCGCCUUAAUGUGGUGGCUUGUCAGGACCACGGUUUUGGAAUGCGGGCAGACUCCGUCCCUCCACCGAAUCUCAAUAACCUCUGCCUGGGAAGCGCACGCGCCCAGUCGGAGCAGCUCUUCGCUUUCGGGACCCAUCAGAGCGCCUUUAGUAACUUCCAGCGAAGUCACCGGUCAGGAGGUGACUCCCACCUGCACCAGCAGCAGCACCAACAGCAGCCGUUUCUGAAUAACGCUGCUCCCCCACCAACUCAUUUCAACAAUGAAACCCCGCUGUCGCCACCAUCCUACCGCAACAGCCCGGGACCCAUAUUCAUGAACCACCACAACAACACGAUUCACCAAAACAACGCUAACCUUCGCACCCAGAACCAGCAUGCUAACAACCUGCACCCCCUCUCCGAGGGAGCCGGAUCGGGAACAGGAGUAGCGGCCACGCUCAACAACCAAGUGCCCCCGGGCAACAGGGCCAACAACUACUGGGACAACUUCCGCAGCCACUCCCGCCAAAACCUACUGUCGAACAAGAGUAACGAGGAGCAGAACGUGGACUUCCAGCAGUACCGCCGACAGCGGACACGGCCAAGUUACUUUCAGACGCCCCAGCUCCUGGCGCCUCAUGCCUCCCGCGGGUCGGCGAGUGGAGUCACCCUUCAGCAACAACAGCCGCAGCGAAGACAUUUUUUUGAGUCGCCACUAACAGCUUUGCAUGGCAGCAGCAGCAAUAACCUGAACAACAGUGGCACUGCUCUCAGGAAGCGAGACUGGCGCGAGGAGCAGGCUCUCGACCACAGUCGCGAAGACGAGGAGGUGGACGAUGUCGACGAGAGCCACGACAAUGUGGUGUUUGGCUCGGGCCGCAGACGCAACCGUCGGCGCCCACAGCUCUCGACACUGCGCGACGAAGAGCCUGAGCAGGCCAGCUCGUCCAAUCUAAACAUGAACGUCAACUUUGGCAACAGCCCGUUGUACCAGCGAAACAAAGUGCCAGCAAAGUCGAGCACAUCGGCAGUCUCGUUGACGCCCAUCCAACAACGUCACCUGCGUUUCGAUUUUGAGCUGCCUGCCCAGUACAUGGACUACGUAGAAUUGCCUCAGGCAACCCCAGUGGAUGUUACUGCAUCCUUGGGCCAGGAGGCUUUGCCAGAGGAUGAGUCGAACGUUUUGGAGCGGGAGAGAAUCGAGGAGACUGCGUCUGAGGAGCUAAACCGCAACCUGCUGGUCAAUGCACUGAAAAACGACAAGUUCACUACCAAGUUCUACGAGUCGAUAAAGGAGGACGUCUACCGCCGGCUGGAGUCGCUCUUCGAGCAGCAACAGCUGCAACAAUUUCAGCAGCCGCAGGAGGCACAAAACCUGCGAAAGGCGAUGAACCAGGACGACAACGAGCUGCGUCUCAAUCCCAAUGUGGAAGCAACUGAGAGCCGCAGCGACUCACCGCUGGAAACGGCGAGCCUGCAACUGGAUAACGAUCGUCCCGAGGACGACAAGGCCCCCCCUAGUACCCUUGAGCAGGGGGAAUUGGCAACGAACGCUUAUGCAACGGCUGCUCCUACUCCUCCAGGAAAAGAAAAUGCGGAGAAAGAACGCGAGCAGGCGGAGGAGCACUCAGAUGAUGCGACAGGAGAAGUACCAUCCGAUUUGGCCUCAAACCUUGGCCCCGAUCAUGAGCUGAUCGAGUACAUCAUUAAGCGCAUUCGCAACCAAACGCACAACAACACCGUAAUAAACGACUCCCUUUUGGUGGAGGUCUCGAAACUGACGGCCACCGCAGCGCAAAACUCGACCAAUGCUAGUUCCCCACUCAUAUCCCCCAAACGCAUUUACGCAAAAAUCAAGAAGAUGGUCAUGCCUCGGCAACGCGACAAUUUUCUGUCGUGGUACCGCAAUUAUUUGGAACAACUCUUCGUAGUGGUUCAGCCCCCCGGCAGCAAGCAGUCCGAUAAGCCACAAACUCGGGAACGGUCCCAGUCCCACACCCAAGACUCUCAAAACGAUGGCGACCUGGCCGAGGCCGACCAAAAGAAUGGCAGCUCUCCCGUAAACGGCGACCUGGAGUGUGAGAAUGACGAAAACCCGGGUGAGGAAGCGGACGGUCCUGCUGUAGACGAGUCGCCUGACCAGGAGAAGGAGCCCAACCAGGACUAAACCGUCCUUCCGUCGAUUUAUACAUUCCUAAUAUCGUAGCUUACACUUAACCAUACGGACACCCCACCACUCAUUCCCAUUUUCCGGGGCGUUAAAUUUAUGUUAACCUUAUCCUAGUUUUCAGAUCAUUUGGGUUAGAAGAUUCAUUCAAAAUUAAAUUACACGACUUUUUACACACAGAAUGCGUUCGUUUCAAAUUCUUUUAUACGGAGAGCUC